AACCACCCACCACCCCAACCACCCCAACCACCCCAACCACCACCCCAACCACCCAACACCACCCCAACCACCCAACACCACCCCAACACCCCAACACCACCCCAACACCCCAACACCCCAACACCACCCCAACCACCCCAAUCCCAAGACCGGCAACAGCGUAUUCUUCGGAUGCUUCCUGCUGGUUCUAAGCUAUCUAUCGCUCUUGGCUGCUGGACAUCCCCAUUUUCUCAGGCAUUUAUGGCGAUCACUGGCUAUUUUAUUGAUGCUGAUUGGGUCUAUCGGGAGGGGCUACUUGAUUUCAAACCUGUUUAUGGGGCACAUACUGGGCAAACUUAA